AUGGUACGACGCAAUACCAGAUGGGCCUCUAAUGUGUAUGAGAUCUUCUUGAUUGGAGAACAACUACGGAAGCAAAUUCACCAGCAAGGGCUUGUGAAAGACAGACGACACCAUCUCCGGAAACACAAGAAAUGCUUCAUUGCACGAGACCUCAUUGAUUGGCUGCUGAAGAUGCACCAUGUACAGUCACGUGACGAAGCCGUUUGUGCUUUGCAAAUUUUAAAGCAACACGGGGUGUUUCACCACGUUAGCGACGAGCAAGAAUUCAAAGAUCAAAACUGGUUUUAUCGCUUUUCCUUUGAUGACGAUACAUACAAGUUGAAACCUGAUUUAUCCAGCUUCUACUAUGGACUUGAUAUCUAUCGGAACAAUGCCGAUGUUAUACAGGAGUUUUAUCUCCGAGGCUCGCUGUACUCUCAAGCAUUUCUCGGCUGUGAUCUGGUGGACUUCUUGGUCGUGUCCGAGGGCCACGAGAACCGAGAGGAGGUCAUCGCCAAGCUGAGAGACCUGCUGCAGAGGGAUAUCAUUAAACACGUCACUGACGACUACCACUUCAACGAUGACAAGCUGAUUUACGAGUUCAACCUGGACUUCGACAGGGCGUAUCUACUACAGGAUGUCUUGGAACUCGUCGCCCAGCAGGACCAGGUGGAUGAGAGUGGCCAGGAGUCUGGAAGUCCUGAGAAUCAGUCCAGGACCUUACAGGAUGAAGCAGCAAACCCAG